CCAUGCCAUGAUGUUUCUUGUCUCUUCCUAUUGAAAGGAACUGAAAUCAGCUAAACCGGAGAUAAGGACAGUAAAAGCGGUGACAAGUGAGACUGUUGAAAGUCUAUAGGAUGGCCUGGAUUCUGCUGUUCUAGGUGGUAUUCAGAGAUGCCUCUGAUGGAUUAGAUGAGUAAGCAGACGGUUACUUCUUGAAUUCGUUUUUGUAAGGAAAUCUGUAUUCCAAUGAAAACAAUUAUUGAAUACAAUAAUUAUAAACCAUGGUUUUCUAAAAAUCUGAAAAACUUACGAACAACAAAAGAUGAAGCUCACAAAAGUGGAGGCAAAGCUAGACAAAGCCAUUAAGGAUGCCUGAAGCAAAUACAUGUCCACGCUGGAACAGAGCUAUUUAAAAGUCUUUAUCCAAGAUGAUUAUACAGCCAUUGUGUAAUUAUUAUAGCAGUGAAAUGAACAAUCAUAAUAUCAUCAGAGCAGUAAAGCGUGCCCAUGCCCAGAGAAUCCGUAGCUACUUCCAAGACAGUGGUGACACAUGGCGCAUAUGGCAGGGCAACCAGGCUAUCAUUAACUACAGGAUAACACCACCGGCCUGUGACGCUGAUGCCUCCCUCCCAGAUGCGCUGAACAACUUCUAUGCAUGGUUCAAGAAGCAGAAUGACGUAGCAGCAAGGAAAACCAUCUCUCCUCCCAACAAUCAAGUACUGCUUCUGACCACAGCCAACAUGAGAAAACCUCUAUGCAAAGUCAACCCACAGAAGGCUGCUAGACCAGACAAUAUCUCUGGCAGGGGGCUCAGAGAAUGUGAACACCAUUUGGUGGAUGUUCUCACCGACAUCUUCAACAUUUCCCUGAGCCAUGCCACUAUUCUAACGUGCUUCAAAACUACUACCAUCAUUCCUGAGCCGAAGAAGCCCUCAGUGUCCUACCUCAAUGACUAUCGUUCUGUUGCACUCACACGAUUCAUCAUGAAGUGGUUUGGGAAGCACAUCAAGACUGUGCUGCCCCCCUCACUGGACACCCUGAAGUACCACCGAAACCAUUCAAUUGAUAAUGCCAUAGUCACCACCCUCCAUUUGGCCAUCUCUCACUUGGACAAGAAGUUCACAUACAUGCUAAUGUUGUUCAGAAACUUUACUUCAGCAUUCAACGCACUCAUUCCACAGCACCUGAUUGGAAAGCUAAGCCUGCUGGGCCUGAACACCUCCCUGUCUAACUGGAUCCUAGACUUCCUGACUGAGAUACCUUAAGUCAGUCAGGAUUGGAAACAGUAUCUCCAGCACCACCACCCUAAGCACUGGUGCUGCACAGGGCCAUGUGCUUAAUCCACUACUGUUCACUUUACUGACUCACGACUGUGUAGCAAUGCACAGUUUGAACCACAUCAUCAAGUUUACUGACGCCACAACUGUGGUGGGCCACAUCAUCAUGAAUGACAAGUCAGCAUAUGAAGAGGAGGUACAGAGGUUAACAGACUGGUGCAAAGCCAACAAUCUGUCUCUGAACAUAGACAAAGCAAAGGAGAUGGUUGUUGAUUUCAGAAGCUCUUGAAGCAACCACUCUCCGCUGUACAUUGAUGGCUCAAGCAUGGGGAUCGCCAAGAGCAUCAGAUUCAUUGGUUUUCACCUGGUGGAGAACCUCACCUGGUCCCUCAACACCAGCUCCAUAGCCAAGAAAGCCAUCCCAGCAGCGUCUUUACUUCCUGCGAAGGCUGAGGAAAGCCCAUCUCUCACUACCCAUGCUCGCCACAUUCUACAGAGGGACUAUUGAGAGCAUCCUGUGCAGCUGCAUCACUGUCGGAUUUGGGAAUUGCACUGUCAUGGAUCACAAGACUCUGGAGAGGAUAGUGAAGACAGCUGUGAAGAUCAUCAGAAUCUCUCUUCUCUCGAUCACGGACAUGUUCACUGCACAUUGCAUCCACAAAGCCACCAGCAUUGUGGAGCACCUGACGCACCCUCAUAUAAACUAUUCACUGUCCUGCCAUCUGGAAAAGGGAGAGAAGCAUUCAGACCUUCACUACCAGAAUGUGUAAUAGUUUCUUCCCUCAAACGAUAAGACUCCUAAAUACUCAGGAACUAGACUGAAACACAUACACACCCUCCCAUUCAGCUAGAUCAUGUCUUUAUUUAUUAUUUAUUAUUAUAUUUAUUAUCAUACUGUUACUUUCUUCCUACUUCCAGUGUACUGUGUUCUGUGUAGUACCUUGAUCCCAAAGCAACAUUGUUUCAUUUCACUGUGUACUGUACUAACUGUAUAUGGUUGAAAUGACAAUAAAAAGAUCUUACUACUACUACUACUACUACUACUACUCAUCAAAUGGUUUGGUAUCUCUAAACAGACACAAGUAUCCAUAGCCUAAGUAACACACUUUCAGCAGGUAUGUGAUGCUUUGGUAUUCAGGAGACCAUGCAACUUUAAGCAGAUAAUAAUGUUUUACAGUCUGCAUAUGUGAAUUUGCCAUGCAAAAUUAUUCAUUCUUCCGAAAUGUUUUCAAAUUUUGCCAAAUUAAAUAUGAUGUGAAGUGAGCAGGAUAAGUUUGUGAAACUUUCAUAACUCCAAAUUAAU